AUGGGUCGCAAGAAGCAGACCCUUCCGCCAGAGGAAGAGGCGGUGGUCCUAGCCAAUGUCGCAGAGCAGGCACAGCGCUACGAUGACAUGGUCACAUACAUGAAGGAUCGAGUCAAGGCCGGCAAAGCUCUGGCACGUGAGGAGCGCGAAAUGUUGGCGGCCGCCUUCAAGGGCCUCAUGAGCAGCCGACGCUUUGCCGUCCGGGUGGCAAAGAGCGUCCAAGAGCAGGAGGAAGGGGCCGAGAAGGAGAAGAACGCUGCUCUGGCUGCUGGAUAUCUGAGCAAGGUGCGCCUCGAGCUGCAGGGCAUCUGCAUCCAGGUGCUGGAGAUUCUCGAGGGGAUCCUGCUGCCGAAAGCUGAGAUUGGUGAGCCUAAAGUCUUCUACCUCAAGAUGCAGGCGGACUACUACCGCUACCUCGCCGAGUUUCUGGAGGGAGACGGCCAGAGGGAAGCCGUUGCGAGUGCAGCCGAAACCUACGUGGCCGCCACGGUAGAGGCUGAGACACAUCUCAUGGUCACCCAUCCCGUGCGGCUCGGCGUGGCUCUGAACCAUGCUGUCUUCCAGCAUACGGUGCUGAAGGACCCUGCGGCAGCUGCGCAGAUAGUCAGAGAUUCCCUGGAAUUAGCAGCACGAAGCCUGGAGGGAAUGCCGAAGGAGGCCGUCCGUGAUUCGCAGCCACUCGUGUCCAUCAUGCAGGACAACUUGAAGAUGUGGUCUGACGAAGCAGCCCCUGAAUAG